GUCACUUGAAAAAAAUCAGUAAAUAAAUUAGUACGGCCUGAGAAUUCUUUGAGUGUGCAAUUUAUAUAGUGGAAAUACAUUUUUUUACAUAUAAAAACAAUUUGUGAUAAUUGCAAGAAGAGUGUGUGGGGAAAUAUUUGUUGAUUACUUGCAGCGCAACAAUGGAGCAGGCUGAGGAACAGGCAGAGCAAUCACAAGAGCAGCAGCAGCAGCAGCAGCAGGAGCAGCAGUCGGUAGCCGAGACAGUUGAGGAGCAACCUUUUGUAGUGGUGGAUCGCAAGAGUUUUGUCAUGCAGCUGUCGCGUGAGUUUCGCAUGAGUGUGCGCAUGGAUCAUUCGCGCAACUGGCCGGAUGACAUGUGGAUGGUGUCCUCCAAGCUGCUGGACAAUGGUCAGGAGUAUGCCAGCAUGGAGCACACAUGCGAGCUCUCGGCUGAUCUUGUGGCCAAUCUGCUGGACGAUGUGUCGAACAAUGUGCUGGAUCUGGAUAAUGUGGAAGAUUGUUCGGAGAAUGUUUAUAUACAAUUUGUGCUGCUCAAUGUGGUGCGCAUAUUGGCGCCAAGCUUGCUGCCAAUUAUACUGACCAGACUGCGUGGCAACGUCAACGAGACGCCAGCGGAGCCAGCUGAGCCACAAGUUGGGCUGCCAGAGCUGCAGGUGUCGGAUUUCAGUCCAGUAGAGAUAACGUCGGAUGACGAUGAUGAUGAUGAGGAGCAGAUGCCAUUAGCAGCGGCAGCGCCGCAGCCAGCAGUGGAGCAGCAGCAGUUAGAGCUGUCAGAUGUCUCUUCAUCGGAAGAGCAGCAGCCGUCAUCAGAUGAGCAGCAACCACAGUUGCCACCAUUUCGUCAGACCCACCAUACUGCUCACGAGCUGGAUGAGCUGGAUCGUCUGUUUUGGUCGUUUCCCAGCAGCAGUGAUAGCAAUCACGACGACGAGGAGAACUGGGACACAGAUCGCAAUGAUGACGAAUCUUUGGAUGACUAUUUGCUAAACAAUGUUGCUGGCGCCAGGCGGCACAAUUUGCAGCGCCACAGAAUGCCACAGCCACAGCAGCCGGAUCCAGCCGCUUGGGAAAUGGGCAGCUGCGGCUCCAGCUAUGACAGCGACUCCGACUGGAGCACUGUGGUUGAUCCAGACGAGUGGCAGCAUGUGGAGGAUCGCUCAUUUGAAACCGCUUUGAGUUUGCCCUUUCGUCGUCUCAUUGGCGAAGCGCCUACCUGGACUGCUGAGGAGCAACGUCAGAUAACUCAGUCGCAUAAGGAGCCAGAUAACUGCGUGCCGCCGCCAUGGCGUCCGCCAAGGCUGCCAGAGAGCAGCUCGUUGAACAGAGCAGACAGCUGGAGCCUGGCUGAGCAGCAGAGCAACUCGCGCGAGCAGGAGCGUGAGAAGCGCCGCAAUAAGCGCAAGAGCAAGAGCAGCAAGGGCAAAGGCAAAAAGAAGGGCUCUAAAAAGAAAGAUGAAAAGAAAGCAAAAGGGGCGAAACCAGAGAAGGAGCAUGAGGUGGUGCCGCUGCAAAAUUUGGUUCAUGAGACGGAUCGUCUUAUCAAGCGCUUGCUUAGGGAGCUCAAAUAAUUCACACACACACACACACACAGUCGUAUACACUCAGCUCACACACACACAAGAAGCUUACACUUUUACACUUGUUAUAAUUCUUUUUCAUUUGGCUUAUA